AUGUCACCUGGCUCAGGAGAUGGGUCCCAACUGCCUGAGGCCCGGAGCGUUGGAGGGCUCGCCAGCGUCUUCAAGGGGCUGACGAGCUCCAAAUCGUCCAAAACAGGCCAACCCGCGCCCGCCUCGUCCUCCAUUCCGACCACCCAGCUAUCCUCCGACCACAUCGAUGCUACCUUGCCGAAUCCGAACCCUCGAGGGCUGCCGCCGAAUCACACAGAAACCUUCGAGAAGUUGAAGAAUGGAUCGCUCUAUGAGCGUGUCGCAGCUGCCAACACACUACGCUACGCCAUUGCAGACUACCCUUUGAGCCCUGUCCUUGAUAUCUGGUACGCAGGAAAGGACCUUAUACAACGCGAUAACCCGCCCAAUGUCCGGGUGGCGGGAUGGGAACUCUUGUCAGAAUGCGUCAACCACCGUUUAUCGACAGAUCUUGAACGGCGGGAAUUCUUCCAGACGUUGUCUGCCCCGGCCGACCCCGACGACUUCCAUCUGCAACUGGCCGCUAUCGUGGACCUCACAAAGCACGGGCGUGAUCUCUCUGGCUUCGACUACGACGUAAUACCGCUGCUCACUCGCUGGCUUCGGGACACCUACCGAGCGGUCAAAUCCGCGCGAAAACACGCGCCACGCCCGCCCAAGGGGUCCAAGGGCAAGGCGCCUUUGUCGGGCGAAGAUAAGAACUUUUCUCAGCUUUUCUCGUUCAUUCUUGAUGUUAUCAAGUUCAACUUCAAGGUGGCCGAUGAUCAAGCUGUUGGAGGUCUGAUCGAUGUGCUCUUGGAGAUCUGCAUGAGCACCAAUUCUGAAGAGGAUCUGAGAGCCUGCAUAGAUGUCACCAACGCUAUCAUUACGUUCGGCUCCAUUCCUGCGGAGAACCUCAGUCGCUGCGUCAAGGUUCUGAGUUCCAUCUACUGUCUCGUUCAAAGUUUGCAGAAAGACUCAUGGCAUGCCAUGGCGAACCUUUGCAAAUCUCACCACGGCCAAACAACGGUCCAGAUAUUACUCAAUGUCCUUCGCCGCUACCCUCUUGAGGGCACGGACCUGAAGGAAGCAAACAGGGAGGUUAGGGGAGCUCUAUCUGCUUUGCAAAAGCUUGUGGCCAAGAAUGCCGGAAAGGGGUAUCCUCAGGUUCCCCUCGCGCUGCUCAUCGAUGGUCUUGUCAACGUGGUGGAACAAACAUCAUCACAAAGGAUAGUGAAUGAGGCUCUCAAGCUUGUCAACUCAUUGUUUGACGACGGCGACCGCAAAAUCCACCCCGCCUUAGUCGAGGAGGACUGGUCUACAAUCUUCGGCGUGGCAGCAACUUGCGCGAGAAAGGCAGGUUUUACACCUCCUGGUGAUGCCGAGAGCGUGCGGUCUCAUGGCUCGCUCGGAAAGGAUGACGCUGAGAAGGGGGAAGAACCUGCGGGCUCAGAGCUUCGAAGACUCGCCAUAAGGUUGGAAGAAAUUUUGAAGGAGCGGCGAUCGGACCUUAUCCAGAGGCAGGAUUGCAUCAACUUUUUCGCCAAGAUCCACCAAAACCUCCAAGACUCUGCGGUCGGUCUCGUCCUGGAUUACUUCAAAGAAUUUCGUUGUUGUUUCCCUUCCGACCUGCAUUGGGAGGAGAACCUCAGACUCGUUCUAGACUCUUUCUUCCUCAAUCGCCAACGCUCAACGCUGACCCGGUUGCGAGCACUGGAGAUUGUCACCGAGGUUUACGGCAUGUUGGAACUCGUAGAAGACGCAGUCGACGCCCAUCAUGUUCCCGACCUGGUUAGGACUCUCCUUGCUGGCAUCGGAGAAGAAACUGAUACCCUUCUUUUGCAAGAUACUGUGUCAUUCCUGGUAUCAGUUGCGACGUCCGCAGACACGGAACUGUUCGAUUUCAUCUUUGACACUCUCAAGGGGAUCGUCGCUAAUGACCGGCUCUCCUCUGCGAUGUCCUCGCCAGUUGCGUCUGGUCCAGCCAGGUCUGCAGAUCGGCCAGGCUAUUUCGCCAACCAAAGUCCCUCCAAUGUCGUCACGCGCGGCUAUGUUCAAAUAUUCAUGAAAACCAUGAACAUCGAUGUCAGAAAGGCCAUCAAGUCUUUCAACUCGCUUGUUCACAUUGCAAGAUCCAAUAGCUGCGAAAGCGAUGCUCGUCUUACCGCCAUGAGACUUCUCUUUCGCCUUAGAGCGGACUAUGCGAAUAGGAUAUUCAUCACGUCGGACGUGGAAUCCGAGGGACUUGCCAAUACACUCUAUCGCACAGAGGGUUCGCUCGCGCGGAAACUCGCUGACGAUGCAGCACACACGGUUCGAUCGACGCGAUCUGAGCAGGGACCGCCUUCACGCACGUCAAGGGGAACAUCCUUUGGCCAAGGACAAGCCCCGGAAAGAUUGCUACCAAUUCGGUCCGCGAGCACGGCCAAGGCUCCAACCCCCAGAUACCAGCAACUUUGGGCCGUACCGGACGCGGAUGCUCUUCCCGAGCAGCCCACGCUUUCAGCCAGUCCUGUCCUCUUCUCCCAUUUCGACCAUGCUACUGUUACCGAUGGAUUUGACUUUGAGCAGUCCAAACGGUCCUUGGGCAUGGCGACAUGGCUAGAAGCGGUGACAAGUCUAUUCUACAAUGGGUGUGGAGGAGACUGGGAAGUCUACAGCUUCAUCCUCGUGCACUUGCCCUCACAGCUGAGCAACCAUGCGAUCUUCCGGGAUGCUAUCGCACAAGUCCAGGACAUCCGGAAGCUCUUGUGUGAGCAGAUUCGAACGAAUACCUUUGUGGAGCCGCCGAGCUCUUCCGGGUUGCGCCGGCCGGAAAUCUUGAUCUGUCUCUACCACACGUUGACCAUGAUUCUCAGCUAUCAUGAGCACUUCCACAAGAGUGACGAGGACGAGAUCGUCCGCACCUUCAUGCAAGGCAUUGGAGACAAGACAGCGGUGGCCUGUAUCCAUGCACUCUCGAUGUGUUGCCACGAAGUGCCGUUGUCCACGAGCAAAUGUCUUGUGACAAUCCUGCAAAAGAUGUCGCAGAUCAUCACUCGUCCAGCUGUGGCCAUGCAUAUCUUGGAAUUCCUAGUGGGACUAAGCCGUUUGCCAAAGCUGUACUCAAACUUCCGCGAGGAUGAGUAUCGAAUCGUUUUUGGUAUAUCUUUCGGCUACCUGCGCACAGUCCGAGACGGUAGGCGAGGUUCUCGUGCCAGUCAUCCGAGUGAGCCGUUGGCAGUAGGAGCCGAGCCGGCUGGGCGACCGAGCGCAUCAGACGACCUCCCUCAGUAUGUCUAUGCCUUAGCAUAUCAUGUCAUCACCUUCUGGUUCAUUGCCCUCAAGUUACCAGAUCGUGUGAACCAGGUCGGCUGGAUUGCAAGUAGGCUAUUCACCGACAACGAUGGGCGACAGAUCAGUGAUGAGCAAGCACAGACUACUCUCGACUUUAUGCAGCGGAUUGCGUUCAGUGAUGCAGAUGAUUCGAUCGAGGAUCCUCUAUUCACUGAACAGAAUUUCGGCAAGAUUUCCGAAAAAAGGUGGCUGGUUGGCCACAGUAUCGUCACUAUCAAGCAAGCGGCAGAAGCUGGAUGGGCUCAGAUUACCAAACGACAACCCUCGGGAACAUCCUCUUAUACCAUUCGCGAGAGCUUUCGCCCUCCUCCAGCUCACCAGUCGAACCUCCCCAGCGAUACCGCGAUUGAGGCUCAACAAUUGUUCAGCAACACGGUUCUCCCCAGCCAUCUCCUGGUGCAACUGCUUUCUUCGACCCCGCAGGCCAAUGAUUCGACACUCCGACCAAUACCUUUACCCGAUGACGAGAUAGUGGGACGGGCCAUCAGAACGUUUGACAGGAUCUCCACCGUUGACGGUCACAAAGUGGGUGUUGUCUACAUCGGCGAAGGGCAAACGGAGGAGACGGCAAUUCUCAGCAAUGUGUCCGGUAGCAGUGACUACGUCGAGUUCCUCAACGGGCUGGGCACUUUGGUCAAGCUGAAGGGCGCAACAUUCAACACCCAAGGUCUUGACCGGGAGCACGACACCGAUGGGCAAUUUACUUUCGCCUGGCGGGAUCGAGUGACCGAGCUCGUGUUUCACGUUACGACGCAAAUGCCUACCAACUUGGAUCAUGACCCGCUGUGCAUCAACAAGAAGAAGCACAUUGGAAAUGACUUUGUCAAUAUCAUGUUUAACGACUCGGGACUGCCUUUCCGUUUCGAUACCUUCCCGUCCGAGUUCAAUUAUGUCAACAUCGUCAUCACGCCUGAGUCGAGGGCCUCCUUUGUUGCCAGCAGGGAACAGAGUGGCGCGGCCGAAGAGGGGGGAUCCGCUACCGAGACCAAGAAGGAGCUCUCGUCAUUCUUCAGAGUGCAAGUCAUGAGCAAACCAGGCUUCCCUGAGAUCUCGCCUGCCGCUGAAACAAAGAUGGUCAGCUUGAAAGCAUUGCCCGGGUUUGUGCGGCUUCUUGCGCUCAGCGCAUCAGUGUUCUCGCUGGUCUGGGCCAACCGCGAAGGGGGUGACAAUGUCUCGUCGUGGCGCAACCGUCUACGUGAGAUCAACAGACUGCGCGAUCGUUAUGGACCCAAGACGCCGUCUCAGGGCACGACGUCCCCGCCGUCGACAUCGAUGGGUGGCCCGAACGCGGCUUCCAUGUCGAUGUCGCAUCACCCCCAGCAAUUCCAGCAGCAGCAGGCGAUGCAGCAGUCUCAGUCACAAACGCUUCACGUCAGCGACAACUCGCGCCCUCCGAGCAGCGUCAGAGACAGCUUCAGUAGCCUCCGGAGAUCCUCGGUUGCCACCUUCUUCACCACCACGAGCGAGCAGACGAGCCACCGGUCGUCGACGCUGUCUACGGCGCCGACGGACAACACGGAGAUCAUGCAGACAAACGGGGCCGACUCCAUCGUCGACUCGCUGGAUUUCUCUAAAUGGGCCUGA